AUGGGUCGCUCUCAGGAGCUCAAUGAAUUCAAGCGUGAUACUAUGGUAGGUUGUCACCUGUGCAAGAAGUCCAUCUGGGAAAUUUCCUUGCUACUAAAUAUUCCACGGUCAACUGUUAGUGGUAUAACAAAGUGCAAGCAACUGGGAACAACAGAAACUCCGUCACAAAGAGGUAGGCCACAUAAAAUGACAGAGCAGGGUCAGCGCAUGCUGAAGCGCAGAGUUUCCAGUGAAGGGAACUCUUAAGGCUUCAGCAUACCAAGACAUUGUGGACAAUUUCAUGCUCCUAACUUUGUGGGAACAGUUUGGGGAUGGCCCCUUC